CCGGACCCAAAAAGAUGCGGCGCAGUCAGCACGACGAAAUUUCAGCAAAGCCGGAAGUGAGUGUCAGGAAACCUCUUGGUCCCUCUGACUCAACGCCCGAGACUCCCUGAUCGAGGAGACUGGAGGCCGCCCAGAAUACAGAGCCUCCUUCCCAUCCCCUCUCUGCCUUUAGCGCGAGCCGACAACCGUUAAAAAGCACAGCCCUUUGUUUUACGUGUCGUUUACCUCACAACCUGCUCUCGUUUUAUUUAACCGCGCUGUAUACCCUUUACCAUGGCGGUGAGUGCGAAACGAAAACAAGAGGAGAAACACCUGAAGAUGCUGAGAGAAAUGACGAGUUUGCCUCCCAAUAGAAAGUGCUUUGACUGCGACCAACGCGGCCCAACCUAUGCCAACAUGACCGUGGGCUCCUUCGUGUGUACCUCCUGCUCUGGCAUCCUACGUGGACUGAACCCACCUCAUAGAGUCAAGUCCAUUUCCAUGACAACAUUCACGCAACAGGAAAUUGAAUUCUUGCAGAAACACGGCAACGAGGUAUGUAAACAGAUCUGGCUCGGUCUUUACGACGACAGAACCUCCUCAGUACCAGACUUCAGAGAACCACAGAAAGUUAAGGAGUUCCUUCAAGAGAAAUAUGAGAAGAAGCGAUGGUACGUACCUCCCGAACAGGCCAGAGUAGUGGCAUCAGUCCAUGCCUCCAUCUCUGGCUCCUCAAACAGCAGUACAAGCAGCACCCCGGAAGUAAGACCAUUAAAAUCCCUACUGGGAGAGUCAGCCCCCUCUCUACAUCUCAACAAGAACACCCCACCCAAUCAGUCUCCAGUUGUGAGCCGUGGACACAACCACCAACAGCAGCUCCAUGAUAAGAAGUUUGACCUCCUCAGUGACUUGGGUGCUGACAUCUUUGCUGCCCCACCCCACCCGAAUGCAGCGGCCGGCGCCGGUUUUGCUAACUUUGCACAUUUCAACAGCCACACAACGGCACAGAAUGCCAACGCAGACGCAGACUUUGCUAAUUUUGACGCAUUCGGGAGCACUUCUGGGUCGACAGGUGGUUUCCCCUCUGCACCCCAAGCUGCCUUUCAGCCCCCAUGUACAGCGUUCACUGUGCUCUCAUCCAGCCGCAGUAUGGGUGAGUUUGCCACUGCUCUGCCUCUCCAGAGUGCGCACAGUAGCGCCUCAGGGGGACUAUCAAAUGCCAAUUUUGCAAAUUUUGACCACUUCCCCAAAUCAAGUAGUGCUGACUUUGGACCCUUCAGUUCUACUUCCCAGAGUAACUCCACAGCAGCUGGCAAAGACGCAGUACAGAGUACUAGCGUUCCUGUCGAUAGAUACGAAGCUCUGGCUGACCUGGAUAACAUUUUUAGCUCUGCCAAAACAGAGCAAGGAGCUGGUGUGCCCGGUGGUGUGAGCACAUCCCCGGCAGCAGCAGCAGGUUUGCCUCAGAAGCACCCCGCAGGAGCAUCUAUGGGCGAUCGCUACGCGGCGUUAGCUGAGCUGGACACUGUUUUCAGCCCGUCCGCCCCAGCCACCAGUGUUUACAACACCCCCAGCACCUCACAAAGGAGUGUGUUUGGCACAGAGACGGUGUUGUCCACAGCACAAGCACAGCAGACCAUCCCCAGCCUGGCUCAGGGUUUUGGAGCACAAUCUACUAAUCCAUUUGUAGCUGCCGGUGUUCCUCCAGCAGCCCCGACAAACCCAUUCCAGUGCAACGGCAGGGUCGCGAGUGUGGCAGCUGCUGCAGCCCCUUUUGGCACAGGCUCCAUGAGUAUGCCCUCUGGAUUCGGGAAUGCUGCAGCCUACAACCUCCCUACCAGUUUCAGUGGAACAUUCCAGCCACCCUUUCCUGGCCAGGGUCCCUUCCCUCAGCCUCCUGCGUUUCCCCAGCAACCCAACGGUGGAGGAUUUCCAGCCUUUGGCCCAGCCAAACCUGUUGUGACUCCUUUUGGACAGGGAAUGGCAGGACCUAUGGUUCCUAAUAACCCUUUUCUGGGUGCGGGUCCACCCACACAGUUUUCAGCGGGAGGCUCCUCGACAAACCCUUUCUUAUAGCGAUCCACCCUCUCAGCUGCACUACAGGGUCAACAACUGGCGCGCUUGCACCUAUUGCACUGUUUUGUUUCACAAGUAGCUUUAAAAACACAAUGUUUGUAUGGAUUUGUAUUUUAUAUCGCAGUUUGUCUAAAAAGGAACAAUAUUGCGAGUGGGUCAUGCUGACACUGUCUGUGGCUACAAAACAAAGUGAUGGCGUGCAGAGGGGGAGGUUGAUCCUCUCCGCUCUAUUUAACCUGUGAACUGGCCUGGCCUCUACUGAGCCACCACCUAUAAUCAAACUGGCUGAAAACUAAGUUAUUGCAUACAGUAUAUCCCGUUCAUUAUGCUGCAAUUCUGUACAUAUUAAUUUACUUUUAGGUGAUUAGCUCUUUGUGCAUAUCAGUAUUUGUAAAACACACAAGGUUUGUCUGAAACAGAGCUGUUGCUUGGGUACUGCCAGUUACUGUAUUUGUAAAGAACCAAACUGUCUAUUUGUGUGAAAUUAUUUUGGGUAUUUUUUUCUCGCUCAAGAAAAAGACAAACACAUUUCGUUGUGGAGAUAUAAAAACAAAUGAAUGCUGCAUUAGAGAUGAUCGGAGGACACCUAUCUCCACCAUCAACUGCCCUGCUGACAGAGGCCCAGGUCACAACACCUCUGAAUGACAGCCGACCACAUCCAUGUGGGAAAACCAAAACGGCUGAUGGACUGAAAACCACUUUGACUGAACUUUAAUGAAUUUUAAGUUAAUGUGUAAAUACAUACAGUAUAUAUAUAUAUAUAUAUUAAACAAUUUAAGUAAGAGGAAAAUACCAAAGCUUUUUUUUGUAUGGAA